UGCAGAAUACGGUGGUACAGCUACUGGAACCACGCCCGACAUCUUUGGGCACAUUUAGGCACUGCGCAAAAGUUACUUGGAGAGAUGCGACGGUCAUCGAGAUGGUCGUGUGCUUCGCAUGCCCGGCAGCAAUAUCGAGCGAGGAGGCCGCCGUGGCCCUUCGCCAUUUCUCUUUCCCCACCCGGCGUGGCCUUAUUGAUCGGCCCCUCGCUAAAACGGUGCAGCGGGGGCCAUUAAAGCGGCGCGCGCUGCUGUUGCGGCCGGCGCAUCCAUUUUGCGCUCGCCUCCCGAAUCGGGAUUUCCAAUGUCGCCCUUCCACUCGCGCCCGUACUGGGGGCCGCAGCGCGAAACAAAGCGCGUGCUGCUCUAGUGUGCCAUGUUGCUGGCUGGAAGUCGCGGGAAGUACUUUGGGCAGCAGCUUGAUGAUUGGCGCCAGAACAGCGAGCUAUACUCGAAAAAAGCGGACUACGACUACCACCACGCGAUGGCUCAGCACGCGGCCGUGGUGUCGGCCGCGGGCGGCGGCCAGCUGCACCCGGCCAUGGCGCAGCUGCCCAUGCUGCCCACGGGGCUCAACCUGUCCAUGGGCUCGGCGGCCAACAUGGCCGCCAACAUGGCUGCCGCCGCGGGCCUCCAGAUGUCGCAGCUGACGGCGAGCGCCAACUCCACCUCGUCGUCCGCGUCAUCGGGGGGCGGCGGUGGUGGGGGCUCGGCGGCCGCGCUCCACCACCACCACCACCACCACCACCAGCACCUUCAGCACCAGCACGGGAACGCUCCGGCGGCGCACCAGCAGGCUGCCGCUGCGCUGCACCACCAGCACCAGCACCACCACCACGUGGGCUACAUGGGUCACAUGGGCGCCGGCGCCGGCGUCGUCGGCCCCGGCGGCAAGCUCAAACACAAGAAGCCCAAGGUGAACAAGGACGGAGUGCCGGCACCCAAGCGUGCCACCACGGCCUACAUCACCUUCACGCAGUGGUACCGGGAGGAGAUGAAGAAGUCGGGACGCCAGAUUCCGCGGAUUGGUGAUUUUGGCAAAGAAUGUGCCGGAAAGUGGAACACGAUGUCCGACGAGGACAAACAGCCUUUUCUCAGUGCUGCUGCCAGAGACCGUGAGCGAUACAAGCGGGAGAUGGCUGUCUACAAGCCAGCCCGAGAUGUCAACAAACCUAAGCGCCCUGGCACUGCCUUCAUGCUCUUCAUGGGCGACUUCCGGAAAGAAAUGGCCGGCAAGGAACCGGAGGGUGGUGUGGCUGCACUUGCCAAGUUGGGUGGGGAAAGGUGGCGGGGCAUGUCGGAGGAGGACAAGCGGCCUUAUGUUGAGAGGCAAAACGAGGAGAAGAUCAAGUACGAACAAAACAUGGAGGACUACAGGCGCAAGCAGACAGCUGAGAGCCAAGCAGCCAAGCUGCAGCAGCAGCAGCAGCAGGCGGCGGCGGCGGCGGCAGCUGCAGGGCAGGGUGGUGGUGACGACCAGGGUGGCGGCACCCGUGACCAGCAGCAGCAGCAACACGACAAUGGCGGCGAUUCCGAAUCGGGUGAGGACACGUUCCAUGGCAACCAGAGCCACUCGAACCCACCAUCGGGUGGCUCGACACCCAGCCCCGGUGGCGGUGGUGCCACAACGCACUCCGAGCACACAGAUGAGUCGCAGCAGGGUGCCGCACCGCCCACCUCGUCUGCGGGCGGGUCAGUGUCGGCUGCUGCCUCAGAGCGCGGUGGCAGCAAUGCGGGUGGCUUGCCAUCACUGGCGUCACCCCUGUCACUGGCGCACCCGCUGGCCUCGCUGGGCUACCAGCACUCUCUGGCCAGCUUUGGCAUCACUUCGGGUGGGUUUGGCGGCUCACCGCACGCUGCGCACGUGGCUGCCUCGACUGCCGCUUCAGCCUACCUGCCUGGGAAUGCAGCUACCUACUCGCAGGCCCACCUGCCUGGGCCGUACAGCUGGACCUGAGCUCUGGGCGCCCAAGGGGGGAGCGACGGAGCGGGGCGCAUCGUAUGCAACUUGUAGUCUCUUGUCCUCGUCUCUUCUGUCGUCGCCGCCUCCUCCUCCCCUGUCCCCCACCCCCCUCUCAACUCAAUGGCAAAGAAGGCCCUUCACCUGCGGCUAGGAAUCUCGCUCGCAGUGUGUCUCUGCUCGGCAGCCCCUGUGUGCAAGGUGCAGGAGCCUGUGCAGCGAGCCGUUUGGGAAGCCACAGCCGAAGUGCUUUGCUCGUGUGCCAAGAUCCAACAGCUGGACUGGGAAGACGUCAAACCAAGCCUCUGCCCAGGUGUUGUUUGGGAAAACUGCGGGGAAAGCCAUCUCUGCGAGGCCCACUCAUCGUCUUUGGGGAAGUGCACUUCAUGCGUGGACCAAACAGGAGUGGAGACGGCUUUCGUUUUGUGUUUACCUUCUCUUUGAGCUCGCUGCUUUCAUUGCCAUCACAUGCUUAGCGGUUUCCUCAUCUACAUUGCGAUCAAUUGAUUGCCCUCUUGGCUGUGUUGUUAGGGUUUGCCAGCUUUGAAGCUGCUUACUCGUGUGGUGUCAUUAUGGCCUUGUUCUUUUGUCACACACACUUGUAAAAAGAUGCUGUCCUUGUGUCUUGACUUGAAUUUGUCCUUAAGAUCAUUUUUCUUGGCUAUAUUCAAGUGAAAAUUGUCUCGUCAUUCUUGCAACUUAAUUUAUUGCUUACAAUCUGUGAGGAGUUGCCGGUGCACUGUAGCAUUGUUUCAAGAUGCAAAAGAAUACAUUGGCAAUGCAUUGAAGGUGCAGAGCGGCCUUUGCCAUUUUGCUCUUUUGUUUCAUUAGAUGUCUGGGGCCAUUUGCAUAGACACAGUGGUUUUAUUCUUGUUUCUCAUCUUUGAGCCUGUCAACUGUAGUGCCAUUCCUUAUAAAUGGCCGCCUAAUUUGUACGCUUUUUUUUUUUUUUUUCUAAACUGCUGGGGCCACGAGAAGCUGGAAGAUGGAAUGAGCAGGGCCACACACUUGCCUUGCUGCGCAAUUAUAUAAGAACAGGCCGUUGUAAGAGCUCAGAGGUAGGCUGUGUUUAUCAAUUCUGUGCAUUGACUCAUGCAAAUGGCUUUAAAACACCGGGCAAGUUACUUAACACGCUUUUUAUUCCCCUGCAUUUUAUUCCGGUGUCAGUCUGCCGCUGCCUCUCUGCUGUUCUAAGCCAAAUUAGCACAACUCUUUCAGCAGGAAUAUUUUGUUGUAGAAGGCAUCGUGGAAAACAGUUACAUGCAGGUGCGAAUAUUUAUGCUUCCAGUAGUUUUCCAAGACCAGCUUGUGUGAAUGUUGUCGGUGCACCUCUCUUGGGAGGUAGAAUUUAAUUGAUGGGGGCUGCACACAAUGCCUCUGACAGCUUUUGAGGGGUUAAUCAGCUGGCAAAACUGUUGGCAACCUUGUCUUGCCGCUGCAGCACGGCCUUAAUCUUCACAUAGUGCAUGAAUGUGUGGAGCAGAACUUGUUCGCAGUGCCGUGAAUGGUGCGUGAAGGCUGCCAGCUUCUUUAUAUUUGAGAAGGAACAGAGCAACCUCUGUGAACAAGGCUCCCACUUCAGUUCAAGGUGCAUGUGCUCUAAGGCACAUUGUCGAGUUCCCUCCUUGUUUUGAGUGAGCUGAAAUGGCAGUAGUGUACGUUCCACAUGUGCACAGAUGAGCAUAAAAAAAAAUACUCAAACAAUUUUACCGCGCUUGCAUAUUGGUCUGCCCCGAAAAUCGUAGAUUGAAAUGCAAGGGGACACAUUUAUUGGGACAUGUUCAUACGCACAUUGUCUUCAGACUUUUUUUUUUAGUUUUUUUUUUUUUUUUAUUAUUAUUUCUGUUGACUGCAUAUUUUUGUACAUGUUAAAAGUUUGGUGUAUUUUUUUCUUUAUAAUGCUUUGUAUAGUUGCUCGUUUCUCUAAGUUGGAUGCGUAAUGAACAGCCAUUGUUCAGAUUUUUCUUUUAAGAGAAACACUGCACAGAAAGGAUCACAGUAAAUAUUGUGAUAUGGCUGUGGUUUUUUUUCUUCCGUGUUGGAUGUGUGUUGCUUCUUGCCGUAGACAUUGCACGUCUCAAAACUAAUCUUGGAAAAAUGAAAUGAAACACUUGCUCAGUUGGAUCUGUGUAGGUGUUAUGCAAGGGCUAGGUGAGCUUGCCACAAUUUCCUGUGAAGUGUACUUUUGAAUCCUCGGCCAUUGUUAUUUGUUUUUGCAGUCAUUGAGAGCUCUUUGUUGAAGAGUUUCUCAGAGAGCGCUGUGGUGCUUUUGCAGGCUUGGGUUGUCUUCUCAACGGGCAGUCUCACUGCACAUGCAUUGACCAAAAGUACAUCUGUGCCCUUACUUAUGCCACAUGGAAUUGUGGCAGUUUGAUGCACAAUAUUUGAACACGCUAACAUUGACUUGGGCAUCUUUCAGUAUGUGCGGCUCCAGGCACUGCACGGGUUAUGUAGGUUUGGUUGGAUAUUCGUCAUUUUCUGACACGUUGGAAUUUUAAAGCUGUCUCCUAAAAGUGCAGCCUAACACUUUGAAUAUGCCAGCAGUUCAGAAUGUAGCAGCUACACAUGACGGCACUAUUGCAGUAGUGCAGUGUGUUUCGGGUGACCCAGCUUUCAACAAUGACUACCUGUCUCUGGGUGGUUUGGGUUAGGCAUGCCCUCUUUGGUCCUCGACUACAUGUUCUCUUGGUGUCUGAACAAUGUGUACAAAAAUGUGCCAAAGCACAGUAGCAUAAUGAAAUUUGGCUCCACCUGGGUUCAGUACCUUUUGCUUAGCCUAUUCCAUAACAAAAAAAAAAAAAAAAAAAAAGAUGCAGCACGGUGCUGCAUGCGUUGUUUGUCUGCUUUUUACUUUACUGCAGAGCUCUGGCUUUGUUGCAGCCAACAUCAGCAUCCAGGAUACAUCAAAUGUUUUUAGUUUGGCUUACCUUGGAAAAGUUGAUACCAUGGCACAGUACAUAUUUUUCCAGAUUUCAGACUGUCUCUGUGUGUAGUGCUUUUCAGCUGCUCCGUGCACAAUUUUUUUUAUUUGUUCAGUUUUUAGUCUUGCAUGUAAUGGACUUGUACUAAAAGAUUUUUUGACUGGUGUAUGUCAGAUCCAUUUACUAUACCAGCACGUAAGCUACAGUAUUAUAUCUGAAUAUAUUCGGUGGCUAGUCUUUAAAUAAAAUCCAGAGCUUUUGGAAAUUGCUGUGGGAAGGAAAACACAUUUCAUCGUUUCUCGGAGGCCCUUAUGGCCUGCACCCCAGAGGCAAGGUUGUGCCAUGUAUUUGCCGUCAGCCAGCAUAGUGUGGGUUAGCCCAAGGAAUUGUAGCCAUGCACAGUCUGCAAAAGCAGAAACAGCCGCAGGGCAUUGUGUACGAUAGAUGCAGCCAACUUACAUGUGAAUUGUUUUGCCAUUUUUAUUUCCAUCACUGUAUAAAGCGCAGAGCAAGCAUUUCUCGCCUCUCUUAGUCCUUGAAUGGGUGAAGUGGCCUCCAAAAUAAAAACUGUUUGAGGUCAACUUCUAAAGUGUCUUGAGUACAUGUCAAUGCUUUGUUGUUGUACAUAGUGUGUGUUUUUGGAUCAUCCCACUACGUUUGAAGCACCUCGAGUGAUUUUAUCUUUUCCUUUUUAAAAGAAACAACUGAACACUUUUUAUCGGCAUGUGUGAUUGUUCAUUUAUUGCGCAUGUGGUUUCGCAUUUGCGGAGCUCGUCUCUUACCCGCCUCACCUGUCGACAAAAACGUUUGCAGCAUUGCUUCCCUCGAACAUAUUUUUCUUCUCUGGGAAGAAAUGUUAUUCUGUGAGUAGGCAUGUAUGCAUCUGUGUGAAGCAAUUUCGAAAUUCACAAGGAACGUAGUGCUAAUAAAACAUUUUUUUGGUUAAAAUAUGA